AGAAAAAGAUAUGCAAAUUGGUUUUCCAACAGAUGUAAAACAUGUUGCACAUAUAGGAUGGGAUGGUCCAUCAGUUGAUAAUCCAACCUGGAUGAAAGAAUUUAUAGCACCAGGAGCAUUUCAAUCAGCACCUUUAAUUCCUCCUCCUGGAGAACAUAAAGAAAAUCCUGAUAUUAAAUGGGUUUCUCAAGAUUCAAAUAGAAGGUCAAGAAAUGCAAAUUCUUCACCACCCAAAGAAAAACAAGAGAAGCCAAGAACAUCCAGGAAACAUUCCACAUCAGAAAAUGGAAGCAAUGAAAACACUACAAACAAAGAGCCUGGCACAAAAUCCAGGAGUUCCAGGAGACAUCAUAACAAGGACACGUCCGAUGGAACCAAAUUGAGUGAAUCCUCGAGCAAAAACAACCCCGAUAUCCCUAAAAAAUCGCGAAGAAAGAAGUCCAAGGAGGAUGGUGGCUUGAAUCGACCAUCAAAAUCCAAAGGCACAACACAAACUACAGAGUCAAGUCCUGGAUUGGAAAGUGAAAGUAGUGGAAUUUCUAAAGAAAAACAAGAGGAGUGAAAAAAC